AUGGCCAUACCGCUGGGCAAAUCCCACAUGCUCGAUGAUGUGCUGAGAAAGCUCUACGCCAAUGGUGCGCCCAAGAUUUUGAUGGCUUUGGUGAUUCUACUGGCAUUGUCGGAGAACGUUGUGAUAUUCAGUGAGGCCUACAGCUUCAUCGAGAUCUUUAGUGGGAAAGGAUGGGCGAGCCGGGUGAUGAGGACAUCUGGGUUUACAACAGCACAAAUGGAUAUACUUUUAACGGUCCCAGAGAUGAAGUCUUCUGUGCAAAACUAUAUGGACCUGCUAACCGAUGCUGGGUUUCUGCUUGCUCUGACGUGCAUCCUGAACGGGAAAACCGACAACUUCCUUUGCUUGGUUGGCAUGGUUUGCAGCAGCUUUGUAACAAUCAACAAAGGCACAAACAAACGCUACCCCUACGAUGCUCUUGGAGAUCAUGCUGUUUCCAGCGUUUCUCAGGGAAAUCAACUUGCAACAAGGUGCGCACUCCUGCUCUACAGCAUCGUUGCGAUGGGAGGUUGCUUCCUGCUCGAGCAGCCACGGUCGAGUAUGCUGAGUUGGCACCCACGGAUACGGGAGGUCUUUUUGGCUUUGAAACAGGUCUGGAGUGCUUCCUGGUGGAUGGCUCACUACUAUAGUGUCUUUCCAAAAAGGCACAUUGCAUGGGGCAACUCCCAAACCAUUGGGAAGCUGGACCUUGGAGUUCUUUGCAGGGCAUACCAAAAGAAGCUAGCAUCGCUGGGGAAGAGGUCGGCUAAAACCUACAGAUCUGGAGAUGGCAAGAAGAGGUUCGUAGGAACUGUGCACUUGAAAACUUCAGGGAACUAUCCUCCGAGAUUUGGUCGCAAGCUGGCUCGCCUACAUAGUGAGUUCUGUGCCACACGGGUUGUGCACGAGGUUCACCCCAAUAUUGCAAAGAUGUCCGGUCAAGAUCUUUUUCACCUCAUGGAUUGGAAUGAUUUGUGGGAAGAUGGUGACAUGCCCUCGGUGUUGGCAUGGAUCCGUGGCAAUACCCACCUCCAGCUGGGGUCAUGGAGGCCCCUCUUCCCAACAGAGCUCUAG